UGAAGUAACAAGAUCUUUUUUAUAUAGGUUGACGUUAUUGAUCAGCAAUACAUGAAUGUUACGAGAUGCUGUCGAUCCUCCGAUUUUAUUGGAAAGAAUAUCAAGGUAAAUGGUCUCAUACAAAACAAGCUUCCAUAUAAGUCUGUUAUUGAUCAGCAAUACAUGAAUGUCACGAGAUGCUGUCGAUCCUCCGAUUUUAUCGGAAAGAAUAUCAAGGUAAAAGGUCUCAUACAAAACAAGCUUCCAUAUAAGUCUGCUACUAUGGAGUGAUUUGAGAGCUCUUGAAUUGAACCCAGGUCAUUCAUGGGACAAUCCAACACUUCCCAAGGAGAUGAAAGAGAUAAGGUAACAGCGCUAUCAAUGGGACCUCAUUUUCAGAUUCCUCCAAGCUGGUUGGCCCUUUCGUCCAUAAUUGUUCUCUCGGCCUGGAUCCUCAUCUUCGAGUUUGUGUUUGCCGAGGGCUUCGCUCAGAUUCGAUAAAACUGCGUUUUGCUCUGUUUUUUGCUUGCUUUUUGAGUGGUGGUACCUCGGUUCCUUUCCAUGCCACGACUUAAAUUUAUAAGGGCAUACUUAGAAGUUAACAGUCGAAGCAAAAGAUGAAGAAAAGGGACCAUAUCUGAAGUAACAAGCUGUUAUGGAGAGAUUGACGCCAUUGAUCAGAAACACGUUAAUGUCAGGAGAUGCUGCUGUCAAUCCUUAAACUUUAUUGGAAGGAAUAUCGAGUUGAUGGUCUCAUUCGACAUAAUGGUACCGAGUCGCCAGCUAGAAUAAUGUACGAAGAACGAAGCUUCUAUGUUAAUCUGCCAAGUGGAGUGAUUGGAGAGCUCCACAGGCCAUUCAUGGGUGCUCUGUUUUACCUAUUUUCGGCCGUUUUAGUCAAUAACGGGACAAAUUUAAUCCUUCCCAAGGAGAUGAAAAAGAGAAGGCAACAGCACUGAGAAGACAAUAAAAAUCAACGCAUUUUGGACUAACGGUAAACAAAUCGUGGAAGGGUCGAUGCAAUUUUAGAGGGGGCUCGUUAUGGCCGGUUCUCUUUAUUUACCAUAUAAGUCUUUACGAAGCUCUUUUAUGAGGGGUCGUUUUAACCAUUUUCUUUUUUAAACCACAUGAUGACCUGGAAUUUGCUGGGGAAUGCGCUGCUGCCCCCUAGAUUUGGGGGAAUUCCUAUGGUCAACAACAUUGAUACGAACGCUAGACCCAAGAAGGAAAACCUACAAAUUCUGAGGAAGUAAGAGAAGAGAGAGAGGAGGAAGAGAGACGAGGGAGGGAAGGUAUGGAAGGGGACAAAGAAACAGAGAUGGUCAAACUUGACGUGGAGAAUGCAAUUCAUUCUCUUUCGUCAGAACAUGAAAUCCCUCCACCUUUCCUCCCCCAAAUACCGAAAGGAGGGUGGAGAUCCAUAUUUUACAUUCUGGGGAAUGAGUCUUUUGAGAGGCUGGCUUCGAUGAGCUUGAUAAUGAACCUGCCGGUGUAUCUGAAGAUGAAGUACAACUUGUAUGGAGUGUUCUUGAUCAAUGUGGUCAGUAUAUGGUCUGGUUGCUGCAACAUAUUGCCUCUGGCUGGUGCUUUUGUUGCUGAGAAGUAUCUGGGCCGGUUCCGAACUCUCCUGCUCGGCUGCACGGCUUCUUUCCUGGGAAUGGGGAUGAUGAUACUAACUGCAUCCAUACCUCAACUAAGACCCUCCGCUUGUAAUUCUCAAACCGAUUGCCAACAGCCAGAUUUCGGUGACCUGACCUUCCUAUUUGCCGCUCUUGGAUUGGUUGCCAUUGGUGCCGGAGCCAUCAGACCUUGUUGCAUCGCUUUUGGAGCCGAUCAGUUCCAAGACACCACGGAAAAGGGAAGAAAGCAGAUGCAAAGCUUCUACAACUGGUGGUACUUGUCAUUCACGGCCACACUGAUUAUAGCACUCUUGGUUGUCGUCUAUGUCCAAAGCAAGAUCAGUUGGGUUGUAGGUUUUGCCAUACCUACCGCUUGCCUUGCACUUUCUGUGUUCAUCUUCUUGCUAGGCCGCAACACGUAUAUUAAGAUUGAGCCUCAAGGAAGUGUCUACUCCAAUAUGGUCAAAGUGAUCGUGGCGGCUCUUCGUAAGGGCCAUUUAGCUCAUAGAGACAAGAACAGGAUGCCCUUUUAUGAUUUUCCUCUCGAUGAGUCGGUGCCACAGAUCAAGAAGCUUGCUCACACAGAUAGGUUUAGGUGUCUUGAUAGGGCUGCUAUGAUCGCUGAUCCAGGUGAGUUGAACAAUCAAGGAAUAGCCAAGAACGGUUGGAGAUUAUGUUGCUUACAACAAGUGGAACUGUUAAAGUCUUUGGUGGCAAUUGCACCUGUAUGGGUAUCGGGAAUUGUCUGUUUCCUAGCCAUGGACCAACAGAGUGUAAAUGGGAUACUUCAGGUGUUUCAAAUGGACCAAUCAAUGGGACCUCAUUUUCAGAUCCCGCCAAGCUGGUUGUCCGUGUGGUCCAUGAUUGUUCUCUCAGUGUGGAUCCUCAUCUACGAGUUUGUGUUGCCAAGGGCUUCGCUCAGAUUCUCAGGUAAAGAAUGCAAAAGGCUGACCAUAGUACAGAGAAUCAACAUAGGUAUUGUAAUGGCCAUUCUCUGCAUGAUAAUAGCCGGGGUUGUCGAGGAGAAGCGGCGAUCUUUGGCCUUGCAAAAUGGAUCUUUUGUUUCGCCAAUUAGUGUCGCAUUUCUCUUGCCACAGUUUGCGUUGUCAGGGUUGAUAGAAGCUUUCGCGGCUAUAGCAAUGAUGGAAUUGCUCACGUCCCAUGUGCCAGAGAAUUUGAGGACUGUAGGCGGGGCAAUUUUCUUUCUCUCAUUAUCGAUCGCAAGUUAUCUGACAUCUUCUCUUGUGAGUGCCAUCCAUGGCCUGACCGGAAUGAAUGGGAAGAUACCAUGGAUAGGCGGUCGAGACCUUAACGAGAGUAGGCUUGAUUACUAUUACUAUGUCAUUGCUGGCCUAAGCAUUGUGAACUUGGCAUACUUCAAUCUCUUUGCCAGGAAGUUUGUGGGUAGAGUUGGCGUUGGCGGCGAGGUCACGUAGGUCAAAGAGUCCUUAAAGCAUGUCUCUGUAAAUGAGGUAACGGAGCUUGCCCUUGGCAAGGGUUCAGUUCUCUCCAAAUCUCCUAGAUUUUUUUUUGCCUUAUUUCCAGCUCGUGCCAAUUGGUCGAGCUUGUGAUGAAUCAUCUCCAAUACAUUUCUUGUGCCAUUACCCCAA